AUGUUCUUUGUUGUCGGCUUUAUGACUGUCCACGAGCUUGUGUUUGUCGGGCUCUCGGGCGCCAUUGCAGCGGUAGGCGCCGCAGGCCUCCUCGAACGGUACCGCAUCCAGCAGCGGACACCGUCACGAUCGCUGGUGGUAGCAUGCAUCAAGAGCUUGCUGGUGGGGCAUCUGAUUGUCCAGCCUCUCCAGCUGUUCCUCCUCUACCCGGUGUUUGUGGCCCUCGGCAUGUCGGCCGAUCCGGCGGACAUGCCCUCGGCGGCCGUGGCCAUCGCCCAGCUCCUCGCCUGCUUUGUCAUCAACGAGACCGGGUUCUACUGGUCACAUCGGUGGCUCCAUUCCGAGUGGCUCUUCAAGACCGUUCAUGCACGACACCACAAGUUCGGCUCGACCAUCGGCAUCGCCGCCGAGUACGCCCAUCCGUUUGAACAGCUCGUUUCCAACGGCUUGCCGACCAUCGGCGGCCCGCUGCUCCUUGGCACUCACAUGUCCAUCACAUUUCUCUGGCUCGCUAUUCGCAUCUAUCUCACCGUCGACAACCACUGCGGCUUCGCCCUACCCUGGUCGCCUGCGCACUGGGGCGGCGCGGCCAAGGUCAACCCGUUUGCCUCGCACCCGCUCGCCCACAACUUUCACCACUCGCACAACUCUGGCUGCUACGGCGGCAACUCGUUCUUCUGGGACUGGAUCAUGGGCACCGACGCUGACUUUAACCACCAUCUCGCCGCCAUCAACAGCGCGGAAAAGUCGGCCAAGGCCGAGUAGUAGCGCACGGCAUCCGAGCCGCUGGCUUGCCGCCACCGUCAGGCGUCAUCCGCCCGCGAUCCGCCAGCCACGUCUCCUUCCUCAU